AUGGUGGACCCUACCACCACGACGAAGCCUGUGCACACGAUCGUCCUCGACGCCGGUCCGAUUCUCAAGAACAACCCCCCGCUUUCCACCCUUCUAGCGCAAUGCGAGGAACUCGUCAUCACACCCUCCGUCCUUAGCGAAAUCCGGGACCCCGACGCUCGCCAACGAAUUGAAACACUCUACCUGCCAUUCUUGAAGCAGCGCAGCCCUUCUCCGAAGAGUUUCAGCGUGUUGAGCGAGUUUGCAAGAAAGACUGGUGACAGGGCCGUGCUGAGUAGGACCGAUAUUGAGGUUCUGGCCCUUGCAUAUGAGAUUGAGUGCGAGCGGAAUGGCGGUGAUUGGAGGUUACGGAGUGUCCCUGGUCAGAAACAGGUAAAUGGCAAGCCUCCUGUCAAGGUAGUUGAGAAAGAAGCGGAAGAGGCGCAGGAGGCUGCAAAGGCAGAGGAAAACACAGAAGCUCCCACGGCGAAACACAUCUCGGACGCCUUGGAAUCCACAAAGCUCGGGCAAGAAGAGCAGGAGCAGGGUAAAGAAGCGCCCGCGGCGACAAAACCCGAAGAAACCAAGUCUGACGAGGCGGAUAUUCACGCUGAAACUCCUGCGGACCAGACUGAAGCCGGAGAGGAGGAGGAGGAGGAGGAUGGAGCUGCCUCCGAGUCAGAUGGUGAAGAGUGGAUUACACCAUCAAACCUGAAGAAGCGCCAGGCCCGUGACGAAGCCGGUUCAGCAACUGCUGUUCCGGAGCCUAAGGUGAUGCAAGUCGCUACGAUGACCACGGAUUUUGCGUGUCAAAAUGUGUUGUUGCAGAUGAACUUGAACCUCCUGUCUACAACCACCCUGCAGAGGAUCAAGCAUCUCAAGUCAUUCAUCAAACGCUGCCACGCGUGCUUCUCGACUACCAAGGAUAUGAACAAGCAGUUCUGCCCGCGAUGCGGUGGAGAUACUCUCACCCGUGUGUCCUGCACAACUGACGCCAACGGCCAGUUCAAGAUGCACCUAAAGAAGAAUAUGCAGUGGAACAACCGAGGAAACCGGUUCAGCGUCCCUAAACCGGUCCACGGCAGCGCCAACGGAAAGUGGCAAGGUGGUGGCGGCAAAGGAGGUUGGGGAACAGAGUUGAUCCUCGCUGAAGAUCAAAAGGAAUACACCAGAGCUACAGCCGAGCAGAACCGACGGCUGAGAAAGGAGCGAGACUUGAUGGACGAAGAUUACCUUCCGGGUAUUCUGACCGGAGAGAGGAGCAAGCAGACUGGGCGUCCGAGAGUGGGUGCUGGCCGCCAUGUCAACUCCAGAAAGCGAUAA